AUGGAGACUUUUCAUUUCAUUCCUCAGGAUCCCAACAAGCCUCGAUACUCACGCAGAAUUCCCGACCUGGGAUGGGAAGCGCAGAAGUCUUUUCUCGAGCAGCUCCAUAACCGUGGUUUAACAAGGGAACAAAUGGUCUCAGAACUUGCCACUCGGCGGAACUUUCAUGUGUCGAAAAAUCGCCUGGAUAACCGAAUGAAAGCCUGGGGCUUCUCCAGGUAUAAGCACCCUUCGUCCGACCCACAAUCGUCGGACGGAGGUGCUGUACACACUGCUGCAGCAAGCGCGGUGGCAAGAGAAGAAGUUGAGGCAAGAAUGCAUCCUGCUCAUCCGCUUGGGGACGACAAGGCGGGUCGCGUCCAGCAACACCAAAUACUCACACUCCCGAUUGCAGGGAAGGCGUCUGCAAAGGAAAUUACCAUGGCACGGUCACAGGCAGCUGACAUGUUUCCACAAGAUCUAGCGAAUGGACCUUUGCCCGCCACGGAGACGCAAACAGCUCAACAGCCCACUACGAGGAAAGUUCCACCACCCAGCGUGGCUAUCUGCGUGAUUAGCACGCACUCUCCGCCACAUCCCAGCGAGUCAUUCGAAGAAGCGGUCACUAGGCUCUCUGAAAUACCAGACGACGAAGAUGGUGGGUUGGAAGCUACCUUGAUGAAGCUCCAGAGUCAGUUCCCAGGAAGAGCGUCUUCAGAACUCGACGAGUCAUUCGAUGAAGCGGUCGCUAGGUUUUCUGAGAUUCCUGACGACGGAGAUGGUGGGUUGGAAGCUACAUUGAUCAAGCUCCAGAGUCAAUUCCCCGAAAGAGCUUCUUCAGAACUCGACGACCCCUCGCUGCCUCAAAUGGUGCAGCAUCACUCUGUAGGAUCGUCACGGGAUGGCAUCCAGGACUACGAUCCCGAGCAGAUGACAAUUGACACAACAGAACGCGGUCAUCCAAGAAAAUCAGAAGAACUCCCUAGAGCUAGUCCGUCGCUGUUAGCAAAGCAGACAGAACUAUCUGACAACACAGCUGAUAAGAUGUCGGCCACAGGCUUCGGUGCAGGAUACGUUACAUUUGCUGGUCAGACACCAAACAUUUCUGGGCCUGACGCUCCAGUCAGUGAUGUGUUUGAGCUGCCACCCGCCCAGGUGCAUCCACGUGUCACUGCCGACUCACUGGCCCCCGGGAAUUACAUUUGCAGUGACAGAAUGCUCGCCUUACAUCGAAAAACCAGCAAGCAACCUGGCUUCAAUGUCAUAUCCAGUCAGCAGGUGUUGGCGUUCAAAGAGGCAGGGGCUGUCCUCUACACUCUCAAGGCCUACGAAAUGGCAUUUGAGUUCUAUUUCCUUGUCUGGCAACAUUUUACCACAAUGGCGCAAGACAUCAUUCCAGAUCUCGUCAUAGCAAUAGUCAAUUGUGCACGUUGUGCAUAUACACUUCCCCAGCGCUCCGUUGCUCAGCAAGGGCUCAAUGCAUUACUACUUUGGGCAGCGUCGAUUGAACAAGGAAACCAGGCCUGGCUCAAGAUGACGCGUCCCUUCUGGCGAUACGUCUGUUCUCUACCCGGAUAUGAUGUUCAACUAGGUAUCGUAAGUUACAGGGGUCUCAAAUCGUCAAGGUUCUCCAUCAUCGACCCUGCCAUUGACGGAGACAACGUAUCUCUGGCGCUCAGCUGGACGGCUACCGACCGGUAUAAGGUUAUCGACCAUAUGAAGUCAUGUCCAACAACCAGAACCUCCUUGCUUGACGCUCUACGAAAGUUCACAGGCUUUGUACAGUGGGAGACAAAACUAAUAGAUGCUGUCGUUGAACACUUCUGGGGCCUGGGUCGGGGUGACGCCCACCGAGCUGCACGAGUACUAUCCUGCCUGCUUCUCCACUGCUAUGCACACACACCGUUAGUAACGACAGUCUCAAAUACGACUGGUUCCGACCAUACCUUGUGCGGAAUGCCAUGUGCGUGGGAGGAAAUGGCCAUGUUAGUCUGGCCAUUCAUUGUUAUGGACGAUGUCCAUCGAAAUUAUCGCUCCUCUGAUGCACCGCCAUCUCAGCUGUUACUCUCUUCCGCCGCCAAUUAUCAACAUGCAGCGACUAUAGGAACCUAUGGAUUCCUGGAAUUGAUGGAAGAGCGCCGACGAUCGACGUUCGGCUCCGGGUUUAGCAUCGUGUCCACUGUGUGUCAUGCACAGGUUGACUGGGUUUUUGACGUGGCUUCGGCUGCUGCGAAGCUCAAUGCCACGCCAGACUUCUCCUGGCUUGGGGAGCUCCUACCCUCUGAUUCUAUCAUUUCGCACAACACGCUGCCCGUGUACGUUGAUUACCGGACAUCGAAGUCAGCCAGUUUGAUGGACUUGACGCUAUCCGCUGCUAUGCGCACCUGGUCAAUGUCCGAUACCUCAUCGAUGAGGUCCUUUCGAAAGUUCUCUGAGCGAAUAAAUCCCUUGAUCCUCGAGCGGAACACUCAACACAGGUCUUCUGACGCAAUGUCUCUCGAUUCUCGAGCCAGUAAUAGGUCCAGUCUCUUCUCUCGCUUGUCAGGCUCUGCGUCGCGUUCAUCACGCCGAAAGAGCCCAUUAUCAUCUGUGCAUGAGCCGCGAACAGAAGUGACCAGAGUUGAGCCGGCGCCAAACGUCAUGGUUGAAGGCUUUGAUGGUGGUCUAUCACUUACCAGAACAUUACCCCUCGGGUUCUGA